AUGGCGCUUUGCAGUUAUAUAAACCACGAUCCUCAGAUAUGUAACAAGACUGACGCAGACAACCUACAAACAAACAUUUCCACAAACGAAACGAAAACAAUGCGAAGUUGCAGAGACGGGGCCUUCAGAAUAUCCACGAUGGCGCGCUGUGUGAAGAGGAUUGCUGACGUCAGCACGUCCAACGCUUUUUUUGUGAUCCUGUUGUCAGUUCAGCUGCUGGCGUGGCACAGCGGCGCGUCGGCGCUCGCCAACUGCCCCGGCGGCUGCAGCUGCAACGACGACACGCUGGUCGUGGUCUGUGAAGAAAGCCGCCUCGACGUCCUGCCCAUAGCGCUAAACCCCUCCAUACAACGGCUCAUCAUCCGUAACAACAAAAUCAAGACCAUCGAUGCAUCGAUGCAAUUUUAUACUGAACUACAACAUUUGGAUUUAUCCCAGAAUCAUCUCGUCAAUAUCCCUACAAAAAGCUUCGCGUUUCAACGAAAACUCCAAGAGUUGCAUUUGAACCACAAUAAAAUAUCAUCUGUAACGAACACCACGUUUCAAGGCCUCAAUUCCCUCACGGUGUUGAACCUGAAACACAAUUUCUUAGAAGAGCUCACGAACGGCGUAUUUUCCACUCUCCCAAGAUUAGAAGAACUAAACUUAGGGCAGAAUAGAAUAUCAAGAAUAGAACCGAGAGCAUUCUCUGGCCUGUCUGCAUUGAGAAUACUCUACUUGGACGAUAAUCAGUUGAGCUCUGUGCCGACGGCUUCCUUCAGCUUGUUGGGAAGUCUGGCCGAACUUCACGUCGGACUCAACGCCUUUUCGUUCCUUCCCGAUGAUGCCUUCGCUGGUCUCAACAGAUUGGCAGUAUUAGACCUUAAUGGAGCCGGUCUCUCUAACAUUAGUGAAAAUGCAUUCAGAGGUCUUCCCGGAUUGAGAAGUCUCAAUUUAUUUGGAAAUCGGUUAAGCAUAGUGCCCACGGAGCAAUUGUCGAGUCUCACGAGAUUAGAAGAAUUAUACGUCGGCCAAAAUGACUUUAUCGUUUUAGAAAGUCAUUCUUUCAGGGGAUUGAAAAACUUAAAAUUCAUCGAUAUAACGGGUGCAACUCAGCUGGAACGUCUCGCUAAAGGCAGUUUCGAAGAUAAUUUAAACUUAGAAACGAUAGUUUUAUCAAACAAUAAGAAGUUAGCGAUCAUAGAGGAGGGAAGUCUGCUGGGCCUUCCGAAACUGAGACACGUAUCGUUGCGAGAUAACGCCAUUAUAAGUUUGAGCGAAACGACGUUCGUCGGUAAGGAGCUCAAGCAACUUGAUUUAACCGACAACCCUAUUUUCUGCGAUUGCCAACUUCUCUGGCUUCGUGAACUUUUAAAUGAAAAAAGCAAUUUUACGCAGAUCCAAUGCGCUAGCCCGGAACAUUUAAAAGAUAAACAUUUAAGAACUUUAACCGCAGACGACUUGGGCUGCGUUUUGCACGAUUCCAGGCAGCAAACUAUCAUAUGCAUCAUAGUUGUCGCGUGCGUCGCCACCAUAGCGACUGUAGUUUUAAUUCUAUAUAGAUAUCGCAAGAACAUGCCGGAGAAGCUUAAGGAUUGCAAGUGGAACAAGGGGCGAAAGAACCUCGAGUACCACAAGCCGAUAUCGACAGAGGAGGACUGCAUCCUAGAGCUUUACGCCUCCCCGAGCGUGUUCUUCAUGUCAGGCGGCCAGGGCUCCGCGCGCCGGCCGCCGCGCUCGGGGGGCGGCGGCACGCUGCCCGCCAACGGCUUCACGUACAUCGGCGGCGAUGCGCGCCCGCAGCAGCCGCUCACGCUCAACAACGGCGCGCCGGCGCCGCUGCUCAACAACGGCUCGCUGCGCUCGUUGCCGGACAAGAAGAACGGCCGCAACGGCGUCGUGUGCCACCCGGAGAACUUCCAGCGCAACGUGGACGCGCGCUACUCGCGCAAGCAGGAGAACGGCUACCUGCGCGCCUCCGAGACCGUGCUGGGGCUGCGCGAGCGCGAACGUGCCUACGCCGGGCCCGACUACGAGCCCGAGUACUCCGUGAUCCCUGAGCUGUACGGCCGCGGCGACUGCCCGCGCUCCUGCAGCCACUCGAACACGUUCAACUGUUGAGGGCGGCGACCGCGGAACUUCGAACUUUGUGAUCUUGAAAUUCUAGCAAUAAUAAUUCUUCGUUCCGAUAAGUUUUCCUAGGGAAGAAUAAAUAAUUCUUGUGAUGACCGUAGUGCUCUAGACGAUAGUGCGGGCCGGUGUGCGUGCGACCAGUGAGGACUGUCCUAUAUCGUUUUCGGUUAAGAGAGUACGUUAUUUGUAAAUUAUAUAUUAAGUAGUGAUGGAUCUAUUUUUCAAUGGAACGUGGUAGAGCGUCGAAAGUGAGACUUUCAGGUGUGAGGCGGUUUCGUAUCAUCGUUCACUUGCGUAAGGUGUAUCGCGUCUCGUGUAUAUAGAACUUGAAGCUCUUCAUAGUUGUCUAGUUAUCGAAGCAAUAAUCGCGUACCGAUGAUGCGAAGCCGCCGUGACGGUACAAUGUACAGGCUAGUCGAGUAAGUGUAGUGCGGCGCGUGCGGCUCCGCUGCGGGAAGCCGCACUUGAUUUUGUACAAAAAUCAUUCCAUAAUACGAACACUUUAACGUCUAAUUUAAUUUAUAGAUGAUUAAGCGUGCGAUUAAGACACCAAUAUAAGAAAUUAUUAGGUAUUAACGAAUGUAAAUAUAUUUAUACUACAUUGAGAUAUUUAUAAAAUUUAAUACAAUCUUGUUCUUCUAAAUUAUCAUAAAAUUGUUUGUCGAUUUGUAUUUGCGUAUUGUUUGCUAUCGACUGAACCGCUGGGGACGGCGAGCGGUCGAGUCACUACUGUUACAAUAUGUAUAUUGUAUGUACACUCAAUUCUGUAGAUAUAAAGCACUUAUUUUCUAAUUAUUACACGUUUUUACGCUCAAUCCUAUUUCCUAAUAAAAUAUUUUUUUAAUAAUAAUUAAAUGUAAAGUUCUCGAACUUUACAUACGAUUGUAAUUAUAGAGAUUCAAUUGUAAUUUUACGCCCUUCGUAUAUUUGAGAAACAAUUUAUUAGUCGUGUGUUAUUCCUAUAUAAAAAUUGUAACAGACACAAAAAUGUUAUUUCCAAACGAAAAUCAACACUUUCGUAUGUAAACAUUAAACAACCCUAGUAAAGAAUAACUGUUAUAAAAGAAAUAACAACGAAUAUU